CUGCCACCUAGCGGACAGGAAAGCCUCGAGUUUUACCUUAAGAACGAGUAUUUAACUUAAUAUUUUUCAAUUUUCUCCAUCCAAUAGUACAAUGAGGGUGUCCAUCGAUCCAACACAUGCUUUAAAAACCAAGUCAGUGCGGAGGCGUGCCAGGCCGAUAUCCUUAAUCCACAUCCUGCUACAUAACAGCUACAUCUGUCAACAAACAGGCCCUGCACCGCCUUAUCAAAGUGUGACUGAGUGGAGCGUAACUUAAAUUCUGAUGUCGUCGGAGCAUUUUCAGACAAGAGAGAUUACUGUGAGCUAAUCAUGUGCCUCUGCUAAGAGCACCAGCGCUCUGUUGGGCGGACGGCGGGCUGUCCACUGGAGGAAAUCCAAUUGAUCACCUGAAAACAGUCCCACCCAUUUUUAAAGCACACAUAAAGUAGCCUGUUAACAAUAGCCUAUAUACACAGUUGGGCAGGAGCAGCAAAUCCAUCUCACUGACAGAGUGACAGACACAUGUUUUUCUUAAGGAGGAUAUCACUCGCUUGACUUGCUGAGAAGUGUGACAAGUUGAAUCUGAGCUAAACGCCUGUGUCUGUAGGGCUCAGCUGGGAAAAAUGGGGAAUGAGAAUUCCAAGAACAAAGAGGCGACCCAGAAUGGGACAGUUCCUGAGAAGCAUGAAAACGGAUCCGCGAACGUCGUUUCUGCAAACGUCACAUCGAAUGGAUUAGAGAUUGAUGUUAAAGGUGAGACAGUAAUCCAUCAAAAUGGCGGGGCCCCCUCCUUAAACCAUUCCACUGAAUCAACCGAGCCUGAUUAUGUUGUAAUCGAAGCACAGUGUCAACCUGUUGAGGCGGCAGUCAUUUCCAAAAUCCCUGAAACCACCAUCCAGAAGGAGGAGGUCAAGAAAAGUAAGGAGGAAAAAGGUCGUCUUUUUGGCAAAAUGUUCAAAAAGAAAGCAGAACCUCCAGCUGAUGUCAAGAGUGUUCAGGAAACAGAGAAGUCAGGCGAAGAUCAAAUGGAUGCAGGUCCUCCUGCCACUGACCCACAGCUGGAGACAGCUAACCUAAAGCAAGAAGCAGAGUCGUUACCGGAGCCGGAAAGUGUGACUCCAGGCCAGGGUCCAGAGGAAGAUAAAGCUCCCGAAACUGAGGACGGAAACAGUGAUCCUGCGGAAAACCAAGAGGACAGUAACCCAGAAGAGAAUCCAGUUAUGAACUUCUUCAAAACACUAGUGACUCCCACUAAAACAUCCAAAAAGGAAACAGCUGCUCCAGAUGCCACAAAAGACCAGUCCCAGAAGGAGGCCCAACCAGCUGCAAUUACUACUGUUGCACAAGUGUCGGAGCCGCCUGCAGCACCCAAAGGAAUGUCAAUCCCACCACCACCUCCUCCAGAGCCGCCGAAAAUGGAAAUCAAAGGGGAGCCAGCUGCCAAACCUGUAAAACCCACACCGAAAGAAGAACCAAAAGCCGCUGCGAAGGAACCCGAGUCCUCAAAAGGAAAAUCAGCCAAAGAUACUCUGAGCAAAUUCUUCCGCCCAAAGACAAUCAAGGACGCACCAAAGCCUGCAGUAGAAACAGAAGUACAGGAGACACCAGUGGAGGUGCCAGAACCAGUUGUAGAAGUCCAGAGUGAGAAAAGUGUUGAACCUCAUGAGACAGCCGAGGAGGUGGCGAAGCAACAGCAGAUGGUGGAAGAGGCACCACAGCCAGUAGUAGAAGAUGAAAAGGUGGACCCCUCAAAAGCCAGCACCUUGGAGGCUGCUGCAAAGCCAGAGCCGCCACCCGCUGUUCAGGAAGAAAAGAAACCAGCCUCAAAAUCCUCCUUCAUGUCUCUCUUCAAGCCUAAAACUGCUGAUCCCAAAAAGGCGACCCCCGCCCCAGCUGCAGCAGCAGAGGCAGCUCAGACAGCCAAGACCAAGGAGGAACCGAAAGCAGCGGCCAAGUCGUCAGAGGCGGCCGCGGAUAACAAACCAGCUUCAGCGGCCCCGCAAGCUGGAGAUGAACCGGCCAGUGUGCCCAAGAAACUGGAGAAGAGGAACUCCAUCCACUUGUUCUUUAAAAAUCUGGGUCAGAGACGUAACUCCUCAGAGGCCGGGGUCCAGACGGAGCCAGUCACUGUCACUCCAGCAGCUGAGAAGGCCAAAUGAAACCAAAAGCAACACUCGCAUUUCCCUGUACAGACCUCCCUCUCUCUUCCCUGCUCUUACUCAAUCUUUAUCCGUCUCUCUCUUUCUCAUCUCCAAUUCAACUCCUGAUGAAUAACCGCAAAUCUUUUUUUUUUUUUUUUGUCAUUGUUACUGGGUGAGAAUACAAAAGAAAAGUGACUCACAGGAUAACAGCAAGUGUGACAGAGAUGAAUAGUGGGCAGGAAGUUGACUAAGUGGUGAUGUGAAAUGGUUAAAUGUGACGUUAUUGAGACAUAUAUAUAUAUAUAUAUAUA